GAAAUCGGAUAAAGAGAGAAAUAAAAAGACACAGUUUUUUGUUCCUAUUUUUUAGCUCUCUAUUCAAAAGGAAGAACAUCCUUCCUCCUUCAAAGGCGUUUCAAUCUCCAGAGACAUUUCUUAAGAUCAUAAACACGAAAUCAUCGCCAUUUCUCUCUGCCCCUUCAUUCUUUCUCUCUCUCUAUCUCUCAUAUAUACAAAUAUCCCCUUUUUUUGUUCAUUUCUUGAUAAUUCAGGAGACUAAAUGAGGAAUGAAGACAUGGAAGCCUCUGACAACGACGACAUGCCCACGCCGGCACGACCAGGAGAUCGGAGUUACGGCCCAGUCGCAGUCGUCGCCCACGAUAAUGAUCCCGUCGUCCUCGAGAUGUCCUCAUUUGAUCCUGGAUCGUCAUCUAAGGCCAAUAAUUCCUUGAAGAGAGUGAAAACUAGGCAGCCAAGCAUGGGUGCAGGUGGUAGAGAAGCAAAUAGUGCUCGGGGAGAAUCUAAACUUGAAUUAUUUGGAUUUGAUUCUCUUGUAAAUAUUCUUGGUCUUAAAAGCAUGACUGGGGAGCAGAGCCUUGUGUCUAAUAGUCCUAGAAGCGGUGAGCAUCGUUCUACUGCUGAACAGCAUCCAAAGGUUCGUAAUGAAGUCAAAUUCGGGACAAUGAUGGGAGUCUUUAUCCCAUGCUUGCAGAACAUUUUGGGAAUCAUCUACUACAUCCGAUUUUCUUGGAUUGUUGGCAUUGCUGGCAUAAGUCAAUCCCUAUUGUUAGUGUCCUUAUGUGGUUUGUGUACUUUCUUGACUGCUGUAUCAUUGAGUGCAAUUGCAACUAAUGGUGCAAUGAAGGGUGGGGGACCUUACUAUCUCAUUGGUCGUGCUUUGGGGCCUGAAGUUGGAGUCAGCAUAGGACUGUGUUUCUUUUUAGGGAAUGCAAUUGCCGGUGCCAUGUAUGUGCUGGGAGCAGUGGAGACAUUUCUAUCUGCUGUGCCAAAAGCUGGGAUCUUUAGAGAGACUGUCACAAAAAUAGAUGGUUCAGAAGUUGAACCUAUUACUAGUCCAAGUGUACAUGACCUUCAAAUUUAUGGGAUUGUCGUCACAAUCAUUUUAGUUUUUAUAGUUUUUGGUGGUGUAAAAACGAUUAACAAGGUCGCACCAGCCUUUCUUAUACCUGUUUUAGUCUCGUUGCUUUGCAUCUUCAUUGGGAUACUUCUGGCAAGGAGGGAUAAUCCAGUUGGAGUCACGGGCUUGAGUUUGAAUUCUUUUAGAGAUAACUGGGGUUCUGAUUAUCAAACAACAAAUGACGUUGGGAUACCUGAUCCUGACGGAGAGAGAUACUGGACCUUCAAUGCAUUGGUAGGGCUUUUUUUCCCUGCUGUAACGGGAAUUAUGGCUGGUUCUAAUCGCUCGGCUUCAUUGAAGGACACCCAGCACUCCAUUCCUAUUGGGACGCUAGCUGCGACACUGACAACUACUACCAUGUACAUAAUAUCUGCACUUCUUUUUGGAUCAGUUGCUACAAGGGAUAAACUUUUAACUGACAGAUUACUGACAGCUGCCAUUGCUUGGCCAUCAUCAGCGAUGAUAUAUGUAGGCAUUAUUCUUUCAACAUUGGGUGCGGCUCUACAAAGCCUUACAGGUGCCCCACGUCUCCUUGCAGCAAUUGCUAACGAUAACAUCCUACCUGUUCUUAACUACUUCAAGGUUCCAGAUGGUGAUGAACCUCAUGUUGCAACUCUGUUUACGGCAUUCCUAUGUAUUGGGUGUGUUGUAAUUGGGAAUAUUGAUCUUAUCUCUCCAACCACAACCAUGUUUUAUCUUCUGUGUUAUGCGGGUGUCAACUUAUCCUGCUUUCUUCUCGAUCUCUUAGAUGCUCCUAGUUGGCGUCCUCGCUGGAAAUUUCAUCACUGGAGUGCCUCUCUAUUUGGAGCAUGUCUUUGUAUUGUAAUCAUGUUUUUGAUUUCUUGGUUAUUCACUGUCGUGGCACUGGCUCUUGCUAGCCUGAUAUACUAUUAUGUGAGCAUCAAAGGAAAAGCUGGGGACUGGGGAGAUGGUUUCAAGAGUGCUUAUUUUCAACUAGCUCUUCGAAGUCUUCGAUCUUUAGGAGCGAACCAAGUUCAUCCAAAGAACUGGUACCCUAUACCGCUCAUUUUCUGUCGACCAUGGGGUAAGCUACCGGAAAACGUACCCUGCCAUCCGAAGCUUGCCGAUUUUGCCAACUGCAUGAAGAAAAAGGGAAGGGGGAUGUCUAUAUUUGUGUCUAUUCUGGAUGGGAACUACCAUGAGUGUGCUGAAGAUGCCAAAACUGCCUGCAAGCAGCUUGCUGCAUACACUGAUUACAGACGAUGUGAAGGUGUGGCGGAAAUAAUAGUCGCCCCCACAAUGUCGGAUGGUUUCCGGGGCAUUGUUCAAACUAUGGGACUUGGUAAUCUUAAGCCAAAUAUAGUGGUGAUACGGUAUCCUGAGAUUUGGCGUCGGGAGAACUUGACGGAGAUUCCAGCUACUUUUGUGUCGAUAAUCAAUGAUUGUAUUGUUGCUAACAAAGCGGUUGUUAUAGUGAAAGGGCUUGAUGAAUGGCCGAACGAGUAUCAACGACAAUAUGGUAUGAUUGAUCUGUAUUGGAUUGUUAGAGAUGGUGGUUUAAUGCUACUUUUAUCUCAGCUUCUGCUAACGAAAGAGAUAUUCGAGAGCUGUAAGGUGCGGGUUUUUUGUGCGGCGGAGGAGGAUUCUGAUGCGGAGGAGCUCAAGGCGGAUGUGAAGAAGUUUCUUUAUGAUCUGCGAAUGCAAGCGGAUGUGAUUGUGAUAUCGAUGAAGUCGUGGGACCACCGGAUCGGAGGAUCGUUGGCUCAGGAUGAAUCGUUGGAUGCGUUUACAGAAGCUCAAGGACGGAUUAAAGAUUACUUGAAGGAGAUGCGGGAGAGGGCGGAGAGGGAAGGAAAACCGCUGAUGGCGGAUGGGAAGAAUGUGGUUGUGAAUGAACAGCAGGUGGAUAAAUUUCUUUACACAACUCUUAAGCUGAACUCUACCAUCAUGAGCCACUCGAGAAUGGCUGCGGUGGUGCUCGUCAGCCUUCCGCCGCCGCCACUCAACCAUCCAUCGUAUUUCUACAUGGAGUAUAUGGAUUUGUUGGUGGAAAAUGUUCCUAGGAUUUUGAUUGUUCGAGGUUAUCGUAGAGAUGUCGUCACUCUCUUCACAUAGUUUCUUUCUUUCUGUCAAGUCUGUUUUGUCACAUCAUAGAGCUCUGUUGUAUAUUCUUCACAUGUUCAUACGAUGAUACCUUGUAAAUCAUUUAGAAAAACAUAAAUAAAUAAGUUGUUUAUUUAUUUAAA